AUGAAAAAUUUUAUUAGCCUUUUGGCCUUGGUGGCUGUUGCAGGAUUACAGCUUGUCACACCCAUUGAUGCUGCCAACAUUCAACGUGUCGUGGGAAAUCCCAUGCCAUCGCACAUUACUCAAUUCCCCUUCGAAGUGUCGAUUCGUCGCCGUUUCUGUGAUGCCUGUGCCUACGAACACUACUGCAGCGGUACCAUUUAUUCCAGUAAGGUGGUGAUAACUGCCCGUUCGUGUGUUAAGGAUGCUGUGCCCCAACGUACCCACAUUGUCGCCGCUACCAAUAAACGUUCCGCCACCACUCAAGAAGGUGAAAUGUAUUUGGUGGAGGGUUUCGUUGAACAUCAGACAGCUGAUAUUGCCCUGAUCCAUUUGACCAUGGAAUUCGCUUUUAAUAGCCAAUUUUUGCAACCAGUCACUUUGGCCACGCAAGCACCCGUUAAAGGUUCCAAGGGUUUGGUGGCCGGUUGGGGUCAAUUAUCGGAAUUUGAAAUGAAUUUCGAUGAUGGUCUUAAAUCGGUGGAAGUGCCAAUUUUGGAUUUAAAGGAAUGUCGUGAAGCUUACUUCUGGACGAAUGUCAAUGAAUGGGAAUUUUGUGCCGGUUAUUUGCAAGGUGGUGUUGAUACUUGUCAAGGUGAUGCUGGCAGCCCCUUGUUGGUUAAGGGCCAAAUGGUCGGCAUUGUCUCGUGGGGUUAUGGUUGUGCUCGCCGUGGCAACCCUGGUGUUUAUACCAAUGUUGUGAUGUUACGGGAAUGGAUUGAGCAGUAUUCGACGAUUACUAUUGAAUUUUUGUAA